AUAUGCACAUUGCCCAAUUGUGCUAAAGGUCGCUUAAAGUACACCCGAGCAAAUAAACACUCAUUCUCGUCUGAAAAUCGUGAGUAUUAUUAUACAUCUCUGCAGCGUUGUCGCAGACCGAAGUAUACGUCGAACGUGUCAGGUAGUUGCUGAUAAAUGUCCGCCAUUGGAGGCUAUACAAAGUAUUGCAACUCUUUCCUCAAAGUGUCAGACUGGCCUGAUUGAUGAAGAGGGGUUUCACUUUCGUAAUGUAAACGCGGCAAGAUCGAAAAUGCGUAGGCGACUGUUCAGACAAACAAGGACACGUAACGAGAUUCGGGGGAACUUGAACCAAGCGAGAAUGGAGAGAUUUCUUCCAUGCAUGGUGCAAGACUGAGAUGAAAACCAUUCCUGCCAAAGAACACCCUAUUGACGUGGAUUCGGCCUUCUCAAAGACACUAAAACUUCAAAGAGAUUCGGGAAUAUACUUGAAGAAUAUUCUUAGACACGUGGAACAAAAUACAUUUUGUCAGCAGAUUGGUUUUCUUCACAUGUCCUUGAAGUAAUUCAUGAGGUGACAGUGCCAUCGUCCCAACAACAUAAUUUUACUUCAUAUCAUGGCUUUAUAUAAGGAGAUAUUGUGAAAAAGUUCUGACAACGUUUACUAAAAGAAUCCUGAAAGGAGGAACCCGGGAGAAAAGAAAUAGCUAUUCGUAUGUCUUGACUGCUUUCAAAUAUGUAAAGGAAAUAGAAAGUGCUUCAAGCGGCAUUGCCUCAGGAUAUCAAAGAUUGUUAAAAGAUAGAUAAACAUGAAAAAGUAAAUGGCACGCCCGGUAUUAUCUCGUGCUGCUGAGCCUAUUAGAAUGCAUGUUGAAAUAUGCACUCUGGAAAUUUCACCGAAGGCUAAGGGGACCAACGUUACAUUUUCUUUCUAGGACACAGCAGCAUCAUAUGCAAAAAGAUAAACAAUGCUCUCUAGAGCAGCCCGUUCAGGUGCACUCCGCAUUGGAAGAAUCUUGUCAUGUAAAAGGAGGUUUUGGCCCGUCCUCGCUGUAGUGAUAACCAUCAUCUAUUUAAUAGCAUCCUUGUCAUUCAUGAUACAAGACAAGUCUCUGUCGAGUCUUGGAUUCGUUCAUAAUUCUGAUGAGCAGCUGGAGCAAUUGGUUGGCCGGACUCUGCCAAGAGUGAAAGACCAACCGCCGUCGUCCUGCAAAGCGAACAUUGAGGUGGUCACCCAUCGGACUCUUGGAGAUGGAUGCUUCUUCAAAGAUAGAAUUCAAUGCGAGGGCAUGCCGACAAUCAAUUCCGCUUUCUUCGACGUCGUCGACAGAAAUGUGGUUUUCAUCGGCACUCUUUUCCAGAAUGAGUCCUGGAUCAACGAGACAUUUAUUUGCGAAUUUCCAGACAGUAAUGUAUCGUUGGUAGAUCCAGUGGUUAUCGAUGAUCGCAGCAUGGGUACACAACCUCAGUAUGUUUUCGUCAUGACUUGCCCAAUCCCUGAUAUUUAUUUUACCUCCUUCUUACCUCAUAACCUUCCAGAUAGGCUUCACGUGAACCUCUUGGAAAAUUCAACUCUAUUUCAAAGCUACCGCGACGUUCCGCUCUGUAAGGCUGGUUGGAAUAAAGUCCACUACCUUGCCAUCUGUACCAUGGUGAAUAACGUCGAUGAGUACUUUGAUGAUUGGUUGUUGUACUACCGCUAUAUGGGGAUCGACCACGUGUACGUUUACGAUAAUUCUAAAGAUGGGACAAUAAUCGGUGUUCUCGAUCGCUUUAUCAGUCUCGGUUUCGUUACCGUCAUCCCCUGGUCGCAUACCUUCACGCCGACCAAAACCUACCUUGAGGUUCAAAUCGCUCACGAAAACGACUGCCUUUGGCGACAUCGUCACGACACAGAUUGGAUUCUGAAAAUCGACGUCGAUGAAUUCAUGCAGCCGAUGUUCGAGACCGAGACAAGACUGGUCGAUUUCCUGCACGAGUUUGAGCAAACGUUACCACCAUCCAUCGGCAUCGUCCGCGUUCGAAACUGGUUCUUUUCGCGCCCGUCAUCGAACGUCAGCAAGGAGAUCAUGUCGGGGAAAUCGGUCAUCGAGAGAAACCCCUGGCGCAGCCCUGAACCGACUAGAGAGGGGCGUGGUCGCGAAAAGUGUUUCAUCCGCCCGCAGUGGGUGCAUUACUUUAAGAUCCACGCCAUGAAACUCGGUGGGGACAGCGUCACCUUGGAUCCACAGACUGAAAUACGUCUUGUGCAUUAUAGAAGUGAGAAUCCCCGCCACAGAAACUUUCGUAUUCACAAGUUUAUUCCAGACAAUAGCAUGGUAAAUCUGUGGAAAUCCAUAAAUAGAUGGGUCCUUUUCACAAAAGACAGAGUAGUCAUGUAUGGGUAUAGAGAACAUUUAUAUAAAACAUGAUUAGUCACCAUUAAUGAAAUAUAUGGUCACGAAGUCUUAUUUAUUAACCUUUAAAAUUGAAUUCAACUCGUGCAUUAGCGUAGAGUGCUGGCGCUGUAUGCGUGAAACGUGUAAUUUAUUUCAAACAGUUUAUGCACUUAAAAAAAAUCUUUCGCAGUGAUUAUACAAAGUAAAAAACAUUAUGAUGAAAUUAAAAAACUAUGGCAAUA